AUUUUCGGCCAUGCCACAAUGGUUAUAAUUUUGGUCUUGUUGUUGCUGAGUUUCCUGGAUCCCAGUAAGCAGGAAUCUGUGCCUCCGAGAUUGGCGAGAAAUCGCACUGUGCCUUGUGCCAGGGGCCAGGCGUGUGACCCAAGGCAGCGGAGAGAUGCAGGGGGACGCGGUGGAGUCUAUGAACACCUCGGAGGGGCACCAAGACGCAGAAAGCUGUACUGUGCCACCAAAUACCAUCUGCAAAUACACCCAAACGGGAAAAUUGACGGUUCUUUAGAAGAGGACAACCCGUUAAGCAUACUGGAGAUCACUGCGGUUGACGUUGGUGUGGUGGCAAUAAAGGGACUAUUCUCAGGCAGAUAUCUGGCUAUGAACAAAAAAGGACGCCUUUAUGCUUCGGAUGUGUUCAAUGAGGAGUGUGAGUUUGUGGAGCGCAUCCAUGAGCUGGGUUACAACACCUAUGCCUCCCGGCACUACCGCACAGCGCCGCCAUCUGCGGGGAAUGGCAAGCGGCGUGCCAGCGCUGAGAGACUCUGGUACGUGUCUAUCAAUGGGAAGGGCCGGCCCAGGAGGGGCUUUAAGACCCGCAGGACAGAGAAGGCCUCCCUCUUUUUGCCACGGGUACUGGGCCACAAAGACCACGAAAUGGUACACAUGCUUCGCACCAGCCUCCGCUACCAGGAGAAUGCCCUGACGCCAGCCGGGCAAGUGGAGCACAGGAGACGAAGGCAUAGGGUCACUGUGCCCCAGUCCACAGAGCCCGUGGACUAA